CUACAGGGUCGAAUGACUUCACCCAGUACGAAUUCAUUCUCUGAAACAGUACAGAAGCACACUAACAAGGUCCUGUAUUUGUUCUUCUUGAAAGCCGGUCUCACAUUCAGUGAAAUAGUAGAUGUUCUAGUGAACUGAUACAAACAGGUCAAAUAGGAAAGAAAAUGAGAGACAAUCAGAAGUAUAUCAUCCUAGUUUUCCUUGGAGCUGUAUACGUGACAAGUGAACAUGUCAUCUUCGAUACGGUUGUCUUUCCCUACGAGCAUCCGCUUUUUGGUCGUCCGUGUACCCAGUCUUUUAGCGGACACGGAACCUGUCGGGACAUACUGAUGUGCCCCGAGCUGCUCUUCAAGUCAAAUCCGGCGAUUGUUCAAAAUGCCUCAUGUGGAUAUGAAGGUUUUAUUCCUGUGGUAUGUUGCUCAUCGUCAAACGUCCCAGAAUGCGGUUAUAGUAACCAUCAGACCACCACCAUCAGUACCCUUGAAGAACCUGUUACAAAUCUAGAGAAAAAUGACACAAACCUAAAUGAAAACUCUACUGGUAGUACUCCGAAUAAUAAUACUUUACCAGAAAGUGUACAGUUGGCUCAACCGGAAAAAUGGCCUUGGAUGGCUAUUUUGUUCACUGAAACUGACAAAACCAGGAAAGCACGUUGUAACGGAAUUUUCAUCAGUAAACUACACGUGCUAGUUGCUGCACAUUGUGUUCUUGACGAGGAGACCAACCAACCUUUACCGACUUCAAGUUUGUCCCUCCAAGUCUGGUCAAAAUCUCCUGGAAGUACAGGGGUUUAUGGGAACACAGUUAGUCUUCCUGUCCUGCAUGUUAAACCUCAUGAGAGCUUCUACAUAAAUUCGUAUGUUAACGACAUCGCUAUUCUGAAAAUAGAUGUCGCUGCUACGAGUACUGAGAACAUCCAGCCGAUAUGCUUACCAGCCGAAGAUACUCCAGUGAAAACCGAUUCUUUAAGAGCGUACUAUGCAACAGUAGGAUUUACACCUCUCAAUAAAUCACUGGACGUUGAAAUCCACACCCAACAACUGGCAGUAUGGCAUCCAUCUGACUGUGAGGCAGUUUAUCAGCAAAUUAUUCCGUCAGUAAAGGGCGCUAUGUGCGUUGGUGAAAGCUUUGAAGACGAUAACUGUGAGACAACCAGCUAUGGACAGGCUGUAAUGGCGAAGAGCUUCCAGGGACGAUAUUUUUUAGUUGGGAUUAUGUCUACUAGGCCAAACUGUAAAUUGCCCUGGCUUACUGUUCGGGUAACUCAGUACUUGCAGUGGAUUUACAAAAAUCUGGCAUGAUUACUAUGAAAUGUAAGAAUAUAAAAAAAAAUGAUAUUUUUUCUGGAUACGAAUAAAGCCAUACACACAUAUGUGUUUGUAUGGUGAAAAAGUAGUUAUUACAGUUUGAACUACAAGUUAGUUUCUCAUGUUUAUAUAAAUGUUUUUCAUCAAGGAGCAGUAUCCUCUGCCUUGAUGUAAGUAA